AUUAGUGAAUAAUUUAGAAAUUGAACGCACAAGUAAAUUGAGACUUGGAUUAAAUGUGUGUCAAGUGAUUUUUAAAAAUGAAUGAAAUUAGUAAAGUGGUUGACAUUCUGAAAAUACAAUUGAGUACAGACAAAUCUCAAACACGUGCACAAAUUAUUUUCUACUUAUUGGAGGUUUUACGUGAAAAUGACGGAGAAGAAUUAGUUACACAAUUAGUUUACAAUGGUAUUAUUAGUGAUUUGUUACAAAAUGUUAAUCUUUUAACUAGCAGAGACUUUCUUGAAUGUUUAGUAAUAAUUGUUGGAAGAAAUGCAUUUUAUACAAAUGGAUUAGUUGAUCAAACUAUUCAAGGCAUUACAAAAUAUCAUCUUAUAAAUUCAAUUGAACUAUCAACGUUAGCUGUGAAUAUUAUAGUAUCAAUAGUAUCCAAAGUUUUCGUUGACUUUACCGAAUCUCAAGGAAUUCGUUUAAUUGAAAAACACGAGGAAGGAUUAUUAAGUUUUCUUGAAAGAGUAAUUUUCGAUUCACAUUCAAUAUUAUCAGCAACGAAAUUAUUUAAUUUUCUAAUAAAAUACAGUUCGGAAAAUUUUAAAUACAUUCAUCUAAAAAAUAUUACAUAUCUAUAUGAUAAUGUAAUGAAAUUUCUAAUGAUAUCAAAUGAAAUUUCUGAUUUAGAGAAAUUUCAAAAUAUUUGCUGCACUUCGUUUACAUUAGCCAAUUUUUGUAAUGAGAUCAACGAACAAGAUCUUGAGAAUAAAUGUAGUGGUUCUUCGGCUGCAACAUCAGUGUUAGAAAUUCCGGAAUUUAAAAUAUCUCUCAUUGAAACAAUUAGACGUGUCACAUUGGAAUUUUUACUCCCAUUUCCAAAGAGUAUGAUCCUCGAUUUUAGUACUGUUAAUCUUCUGAUUGAAUUUUUAAAUGUUGUAAUAAAAUUAUAUAUGAUUAAAGAUGAAAAGAUAUGCAUUGAAUUGUUAUCCCGAGGAUAUUUGAAAUAUUUACUCGAAUUAUCAAUUCUUUAUCAUGAGAAUACUCUUUUUAGAAAUAAAAUUUGCAAUCUCAUGUCUGAAAUAAUAGUAAUAUUAAAAGAUUAUUUAAAAUUACCAAUAAAUAAUUGGCAAGGUGGUUUAAUUGCAUUUCAAAUAUUUCUACGCACUGGUUUUGAAACACUACAAAUUGAUUGCAAACAAUGGGAAAAUCUUUUGAAAAUUCACACAUGUCCAGCUGAUUCAUUGUUGAUAUUAAUUUAUUGUCACUAUAUAGGCACUAAAGAAAUAUUCAUUGUCACUCAAAAGUCAUUAUCAGUAAAAUUAACAAGUGUCGUUGAAAAGUGCUCAGAAAGGAUAUUUUUGAAGGCCAUUUGGUUAUUGUUUUCGGCUACAGCAUUGGCAGCGAAAAAAACACAAAUUGAUCGUUCCUAUUCAAAAGCAGUUAAAAGUCUUGCAGGUUUAUUGCAAAAGCAAAAGAAACUGCAAUUAAUAUAUACACAAAAUGAAGAUCUUCUUCUUUAUGCAAUCGCAGAAAUUGAUUUUCCAGAAAGCUUGAGAAUUAAAACUAUAAGUUUAUGGUUGGAUAAUAGUAAAAACGAUAGAGAUUGGGAUGUAUUGAUAAAAAAAUGUCUUGAUGAAAAUUAUAGUGAAUUAAAAAUUGUUAAACUUCUAAUGGCAAUAAUCCAUGAAAAAGCUAUAAAAGAUCCGAAUAAUGCAUUGAAUGCAUAUGUGUCACUUUUACAUUCCGAAAAUGUCAUUCCAGACGAUGUAAUUGAAUUUGUCUGGAAAACAUUGGCGGAUAAUUUACCGCAUUACUCUUCAAAUAACUCUGAAGUGUUGAAAACUAUUCUCAGAAUGACUGGUACAUUACCGACUUCAAAAGUCGUGAAUAAAAAAAUUAUAAGAAAAUGCGCAACUGAAAUUUGUAAAAUUCUUCACCGAGAUGGUGAAACAGAUAUAAUUUUAAAGACUCUAUUGAUAACAAUAGCGUCUUUUACAAUUCGACAAUCUGUCGAAAGUAAUGAUGUAAAAGUUUCAGAAAUAUAUUUUAAAAAUGAACGAUUUUUGAGAGAAAUCUAUAAUGGAGGAUUUUCUUUUAAUCAAACAAUGUUAACGGAAAUGAGCUUACGAACGUUAACUUGUUUAAUGGUGUGCCAAAUUCUAUAUAACGUUCAGAGUAAAACUUUAUCUGAAUUGACAUUUGAAAAUCUCAAUACAUUUCUUGAUAAUUUAAAAAAAAAUCAAAUUUCUGUAGUAUUUGGAUUGGAAUUCAUUAAAUUUGCCAUAAGAAACAAAGUGGAUAAUCCAGUAAUUCGAUUAAUUAAAUUAAAAGAUGACAAAGACUUAAAGGAUGUUUAUCAUCUUUAUGUUUUUGUUCAUUUAUGUCACGGUGAGCUUCCACCUGGAAAGGAAGGUCAAACCUAUCAAUGUCUCACGACUAUUCUAAACUAUUGUACACAAGAACAAUUUGAUAUGACGAAAUUUUUAAUGUGUCCUUCAACACCAUUUUUAAUAGACAGUGUUAUUCAGGAAAUUCUUAGUACAAAGGAAAUUAAAUAUCAUUUUUUGAAUUUUGUAACAGUUUGGUUGGAUUGUUUAAAAACAUACGAAUCAAAGAAUAAUCCAUUGAGUAAAUUAUCUAAAGAUAUAGUAACAGCAUUAAGAAGUUUAGUACCAUUAUUGUUGAGCGCCGCAGAACACAGUGAUAUUGUUUAUGAUUUUAUUAAAAUGGUACAGUAUUAUGGAAAAAAAUUAGAUGAUUCGAAAUAGAAUGGAAUUUGACGGUACAUGAGUAAGCAAUUAUUUUUUUUUAUCUUUACACAAGAUAUUAUAUUAUUUUUUUAUUUUUUAUUUUUGUUGACAUUAU